GGACCGCGAAGAUGGCGGCGCCCAUGGAGGUGGCGUUGGUGUCGGACGCCGCCGGGCCGCUUUGUAACUGCUCUGUUUGGGAGCUGCAUUCGGGUUCCGCCUUGCCCGGUUAUCGCGGUGGGAACACCGGACCGCGCGGGUUGGCGCUGCUGGGAGGCGAACACCUGCUGGGAGCCCAGCUGGGCAAGAGCUACAUCAACGUGUGGGAGCUGCAGAGGAAGGACCAGCUCCAGCAGAAGAUCAUUUGCCCCGGACCGGUGACCUGCCUAACAGCUUCUCCCAACGGGCUCUACAUCCUGGCUGGUGUUGCUGAGAGCAUCUACCUGUGGGAGGUCUCCAAUGGAAACCUCCUGGCCAUCCUGAACCGACACUACCAGGACCUCACAUGCCUCUGCUUCACUGAUGACAGCAGCCACUUUCUCUCGGGGGCAAAGGACUGCCUGGCGCUGGUGUGGAACUUGUACAGUGUUCUACAGGCAGAGCCCUCCCAGAUCCCAGACCCUCGCCACGUGUGGUCCCGACACAGCCUCCCCAUCACAGACAUGUGCUGUGGCUUUGGAGGACCUUUGGCACGAGCUGCCACCGCGUCCCUUGACCAGACAGCAAAGCUCUGGGAAAUCUCAUCCGGGGAGCUCCUGCUUUCAGUCCUGUUUGAUGUGGGGAUCAUGGCUGUUACCCUGGACCUCUCAGAGUAUCACAUGUUCUGCGGUGGCAUGGAUGGAUCCAUAUUCCAGGUUGACCUCUGUGCCUGGCCAGUCCAGAGAGACCGGACCUUCCAGACAGAGCGGGAGAAUGGGAAGAUCUUCAAAGGGCACAGGAACCAGGUGACGUGUCUGUCCGUCUCCACGGAUGGCAGCCUGUUGCUUUCUGGCUCACACGAUGAAACGGUGCGGCUAUGGGACAUCCAGAGCAAGCAGUGCCUGAAGACGAUGAAUCACAAAGGAACGUGGGACUCCUCUGUCCCUGAAGCUGCCUCUCUCCUGGAGCUGUCCCAGCAGUGGGCUUCCUGCUCCUGGGCUGUGUUCUCCCCUUUGCCUUCCCCUCUGCCUCUCCAAGCUGCAGCGCAGCCCUCCUGGCAAGGGGCAAAGGAGGCAGCUGCAGGCAAAGAAGAAACCAGUGGCCUCCCCACAUGACGGUGCUGGAAAUAGAUGAGAGGAACUGGACGUGGCUCAGGGCUGGAGAGGAGCGUGGCUGUGCUGGCAGGAAGGAUGCAGGGGGCUUCUCCAAGGUUUGCUUGUCCUUGGCUAGGGCAGAGCGCAGGAAGAGAGACGGGCACUGAGGAGCUGUGCUGCUGCUGGUAAUGAGCUGUGACUGCUGGGCCAAGGGCUGCUCUCUGCCUCUGCAGAGCAUCUGCCACUGUGUGCACAGGUACUGCUGCACAGGGAGCCUGCACACCUCUGAGCCAGUGGGCCGUGGUGGGAGCCCUGCCCCCAGAGCUCACUGGACCUCAGUUCCCUCGUCGUGCCAGCGCUGUUCUUGGUGACACAGGCUGCCUCUGAGGACUGGCUCAAACGAGGCAGUGUGGGUGUGCUCCAUCUGAGUCCAUCCUGCUGGCACCCACCUUGGAGCUGGGUUAUUUAUUCUCCCUCAGUCCCAUGCUGGCAGGACAUUACUCACUGCCCAGUGCUGAGCCGUCCCUGCUGAUUGGGUUGGAGGGGGUGAGCUGGGCUGGUUCUGCUGGAAGGGUCUGUGCCUCAGUGGUGACCAGAUCUGGGGGCUCAUGAGCUAGUUCUGAGAUCUUAUCCCUGCACCUUUCUUGCUCCCUUCUUCCAAAUAACCCCCGGUGAGCCAGAGGUGGUAAUCUCACUAAUGGCUGUUUUCAUUACCAGCAGCAAGCUUCUUUUUUAGGGAGGGAGCAGUGGUUUGUUCCAGCAAAGCGUUGGCAAGGAGCAGCUGCAGAGGGCAUCCUGGGACUCCUGGCUGAGCACCUUCUGACAGAGUGUGUGGCAGAGCAUUGGUUUGUGGGCCAGGACCCAGUGUGCAAGGAGGGCUGAGCUUUGGGGCCAUCUCUGCUCUCACUUGGGCUGCUGAUCUUUCCACUUCAGAGGUGCUCCCUUAGCACAGACCCAGAGCAUCGGGCUGCUCCAGCCCCCAGGCCUGGGCUUCUUCCCUGCUGUGCACCUUUCUGUGCCUGUGGUGGCAGCCUGCCUUCGCUCAGGUGCAUCUGGAUCCUUUUAACCUUUCCCUUUGUGCGAUCGAGUUGAGGUGGGGAAGAUGGAUGGCCAGGAUUUAUGAGCAGUGCUGGAGCUCCAUUCACACACGAGCUGGGGUGGGGGGCUGAGAGCCACAGGGGCUGGAGGUCCUGCAGCCAAUGCAGGGAUAUGGGGAGCAGUGGGAAUUUGAGUGUGAGCUCGCAGCGGGGGGCGGAGGGGGCUGCUGACAGAAAGCAGCAGCCUGUGUGGGUAAAUGUAGUAAUUAAAGCGCUCGUUAGCUCUGCCAAACGAGUGCAUGUGAUGGAUCAUUACCAGGAGGCAGCAGCGUGAGCCGCAGGGGCUGACGGAUGGCUGAUGCUGCAGAGGAUGGGUGGAUCGUUUUGGGGGGGGAUACAGUGUGUCCCUGGGGCUGAGAGCUGUGCUGUCCCACUGUGCUGGGGGGUGAACAGGUCCUGGCUCCUGCAGCUGCCAUCUACUCCUCCAGCUGUGUUUGUUCUGCCCAAGAAACAUGCUGGGGGGGGGGGGGGGGGGGAUAGAGAAGUGACCCAUCCUCACCUCUCUGUCAUCCCUCC